GGAGAGCAGGGAAGAAAGCUCGUCCAGGCAGAGGUAAGGACUGCCACUUCUUUCCGCAAAUCGUAUGGCGCCAGAAGCUGUUUCAACGGUGGGGAAGGGACGAAAAGCGCAAGAGCAUGCCGCAACUCAGAGAAAUCAACGGCAGGCCAUGAAUUGGGGGGAGUACCGAUCAACGGAGGAGGGCCAGCCAGCCAAGCGCGAGGAGGCGGCGGCAAGGUGGUUGACCGCCGCGGGUGGAAGCAGAAGCGCAGCAGUAAGGCUGGUAUAGAUAGAAACAACAAGAACGGUCAGUGA